AUGAGCGAUACACGAACAGCCAUUCCCCGGUCCGUUGAAGAGUGGCAGCUUCAGUGGCUUCCAACCGCCAAAGUCAACUUGGAGAAUCUGUCGUCGUGGAGGAGAUACUGCACCAGCUUCACUACUCAGAUCCCUGAACGGACAUUUGCAUUAGCCCGCCAUUAUCAACUGCAAGUAUCUCGAGUUGAGCAAGAGGACUUCAGUGGCGGUGGUGUUCUUUUUACCCCUAAAAUCCACAACACUCGCUCCAGGGGGCAGGCACCCCAGCUUCCAAUCCCCCCACCGGACUUCACCAAGACGCCUCCCAGCAAACCCGAUUCUGAAUUUGAAACUCCCAAAUUUGAUAACGAUCCUGACUCUGUCUCGCGCAUGUCUUCACCGCGGAGUUCACAGAUUGGAGACAUCAAGGCCAUCAUAGAGGUCAAGCCAGUGUUGAGGCAGAAGAAAGAGGCCCAGAUUCGCAUACAAGAGAGUCACCAGAUUGUUGCCAGCUUACUGGCAGACUACAAAUCCCCGAUCAUCCAACGUCGGGCUAAACCACAAGAGAUAUACAUCUCCUUGGCUAAGUACGAUGAUGAUUACAUCGCCUAUCUACAGACCGGAGGAAUCGACAACAACCCCUUCCUCGUGAUGCAUCAGUUCGGCCCUUGGGACACUAACAACCCGAGAGCAAUGGCCGAACUAGGUCCCAUUCCCCUGGCCCUCACACUCAAAGCCCAGCAUUAUUAG